CGUAAUGAUGAGCCAACGAUAUGACCAGCGGCCCUGGAGGUGGUGGAGCACUCGGGGGCGGUGGGCAAGCAGCGCAGCAGCAGCAGCAGCAGCAAAGCAGCAGCAGCAGCGGCAGUAAAUGUGGCAGCAGCAGCAGCAACAACAAUAGCAGCAGCGAACGCAGCAGCGCAGCAACAACAGUGAACAGCAGCAGCACUGGAGCAGUAACGACAACAACUGCAACUGGUGGAUCACUGCAACGUCGCGUUCUUCGUGGCCACGCAGCGCAAACGACCAGUGGAGAGCGCGUGCUGCUUAUUAACUAUGUGCCGCAGUCGGGGGCAUCAGCAUCAGCAGCAGGAACAUCAACAACCUCCACAAUCAGCACAUCACAGUUGCCCACACGCAAAAUACUUCAGGCCAGAGCCACAGCAGCAGCAGCAGCAACAACAGCAUCAACAUCAGCAGCAGCAGCUGGCACAUCAGCAACAGCAUUAGGAGUUGGUGCAACCACCACACAGGCAACUACACCGUCUGUCUCCUUUGCUGGUCUUGGCUCUGAGGUGACAGUUACCUUGACGCGCACCAAUCAGCGCGCCAGCGUAACCAAUGUCACAGCCGCCGGUCAUAUUGUUAGGAAUCAGCAAACCGUCUAUCAAACAACCACCACAUCUGCAGCUGGCGGAUCAACCAGCGCGACGAGCAUCCACGAGCCAGUGCAGCAUUUGGUGGCCCCAACAUCGCCGCCACCGCUGCGCUGGCAACAGCAGCAGCAACAGCACGAAUACCAACAUGAACACCAUCUGGUAGAGGAGGAGCACAUUAUCAUCGAUCAUCAUCAGCAAGCAGAAGCGGAUGAUCAGUUGAUAGAGUACGAUGCCAGCGAGGGUGUUGUCAUUGAGGAUCACGAUCAAGAUCACCAUCAGCAACAACAGCAGCAUCAGCACCAUCAUCACUUGCAGCACCAACAUCAUCAGUUGGAUUUGCAGGAAGAGUUACAGGAUCCCGAUGCACAACAACAGCAUCACGACGUAGUCCAGGAGGUCUAUCUGCAAUAGAACAACAGUGUUACAUAUGCAUAAGGGAAACCAAUUCAUUACCAAUUAUCCAUGUAGUACACAUGUAGUUGUUAGUUUUCUAUAAGUUUUGAUCACGUGUUGAUUGCCAACAAAUUGAGCUUUCUUAAUGGAUAUAUGUAAAAGUAUGUAUUUAAUGGUCCGUGACAUACGUGAACUGGGCUGGCUCUACAUACUUAUAUAUAUAU